AUGGUGUCGACACCCCCGCCAUCAGAUGACGCAGAGGGUCAUCCCCCGGAAGAGAGUCCACAUGACGAGAACGAGGAAGAAGCUAAGAGCGCGUCACCAAGCAAGAAGCCAGCCAAGCAACCCAAAACAUCAAAUCGCGGACAUAAACUGCGGCAUAAACAGCCUGCGCAUUAUCGAACACACACCAACGACUUUCUUUCGGGCGACCCGGUAAUGAGGCAGGCGAUGCGCUUCGGCGUCGACCCAUAUCCUCCUCCACCGCCGGGUGCGUAUCCAGCGAACACAAACGCGCCUUAUUAUCCAUCACCAUCCGUUCCACCACCGGCUGGUUAUCCCAGCCCAUAUACAUACCCUGGAGGAGGAGGAUAUUUCUCUGUCCCGCGAGCAAGUGCUCGGGAUCCCCAGUACUUCACUCCGCCAGGAUACGAUGUUCCGCCUUCAGGAUACUCUGACCCAGGAUACCCUCCCGUCGAGUCUUAUAGGUAUGAGGAGGAAAUCCCACCGUUUCCUGAGUACCCAACGCGGGAGCCGAAAAGGACUCCAGUGCGACCGAAACCCUUGCGACAACCGAAGCCACAGACCGAGCCUAACCUGAGCAGUCUCCGAAAGGAUGUGGCCUAUCAGAGACCGCGACAGAGGCGACCGUCUAUACCCACAAGGGAGAGCGCGUCGUCACAAGAUGGAAUAACCAUGAAAGAUAUCAUGGCUGAACUCAGAAACCUUCAACGUCAGGUGUACCAAGCCGAGAUACAAUCCGACCCUGGAAGGGUUCAAGGCCGCCCCCGAAGAAGUCCAUCAGUCACGAGUCAGUAUACUAGCGAUGACACAAGAUCCCUAAACAUAGAGAGAGAAAGAUCUCGUCAGUUGACAAGCAUUAUCUAUCGGCUGCUCGAAGAUAGACAAAGACCUGAAUAUCAAGAUUCAUUAGGGCUCUCGUCAAGGCAGACAAUGAUGGAUCUUCUUCGGGGCAGGGUAAGGGAACAUGAUGGAGAUAUGGCACUGGUCAGUCAGCAGGACGCACAGGAGAUACGAUCAAAACUCGAUACUAUACUGGAGUAUCUUCAGCUUGAGGGAGGAUUGGAGGACGCGCCCGUACCGCAGCGACUACGUGAGGGCUACGAGAGCAGGCUACAGCCCUUGGUCCUUAGGGGUCAGCCUUCUAUCGCCUCAGGUUCCUCAGUGCACGCACCAUCAUCACCAAUUACAAGUCGAGCAACGCCCCAUCGUCGCCAGACUCUCCCAUCAGUCAUCAGACCACCACAAGAUGCCCAACCAUCUAACCAAGGACGUACCCGACAGCUUCCAACCAGACUGCCGGAGCCAGAUGAUGACGAUGAGGAUUACGAAGAGUUCAGACUCGCACCAAGACCUCCACGGACAAGAGUCAGCUCAACACAAAGUGUUGCAUCGCAGGGCAGGAGAAGGCUACAGCCAUCUGUUGUUCAAAGGAGUGACCCUCUCCCACCGGAAAGAAAGAUUGUAGAAGGCGAUCAACAGAAAGUCAGACCAGGUCGGUUUGCAUAUGUACAGACGGAAGAUGAACAGGAUGAAGAACCUGCUCGAGCACCUGUGCCGCCGUAUCCAGUGCCUGAUCCACCUGGACAGUCCAAGCGGAGAAGGUCAUUGCAAUCGGUGAGAUUCAGGUAG